CCAAUCGAGGAAUUUUGGUCAAAAGUAAAACUUGGUGUUGAAAGACGACCUUUUAAUGAGGGAGAAACGCUCACUCCAAAAAUUAUGAAGUUAUGCACAAGAGUGGCUUUGGAAGAUUAUAAAGGUUGGAUAAGGCAUUCUGAAAGUUUCCUUCAGAGAUGCCUUGAUCAGGAAAAGAACCUUUAAUAAGCACUGCCAUUUUUGAUUCAAAGUUACUGCCAAUAAAAUCCUAAUCCUUUGCCAAAAUAUUUCCCAAAUCACUGCCAUUAAAAGAUGUGAUUCUCUGCCAAAAUUACGAAAAUACUCUGCCAAAUUUGCCGAAAAUUCCAGUAUGUCACAUGCAACCACGAAGGAAAAUCCAAACGAUAUCAACACUAAAUAUAUAAGGAAGGAUGGCAAACGAAACCCAGACAUUGCAAUUGUGAAGGAUCAAACUAAUUUAGAAGCUAUCGCGGAAAGUUUGACGUUUCUCUGCCUCGGAUUUUAUCUUUUGAUGAAUGAGAAUUAUGCCAAGCAUGCCGUGACACUGUUGGAUGCAUUUUUUGUGAACGAAAGCACACGUAUGAACCCUAAUCUAAACUAUGCGCAGUUCAUCCGCGGGCCGCAAAAUACAACAAAACUGGGUAGAGGUGAAGGCGUUAUCAGCGCUCGCUUCUUAACACGUAUUGCCAACCUUUUACCUCUAUUAACUAAUUAUGGGGGAUACAACGCUAUACAACAACCUGUUUAUAAUUGGUUUAACGCUUACUUAAAUUGGCUCAAAACAAGUCCUGUGGCUCUGGAAGCUGCCAAUGCCAAAAACAACAUUCAUUCAUGGUAUAAUGUACAAUUAGCAGCAAUUGAACAGUAUGUUAACCCAGCUUCGCCAGACAUUCCCAAUCGAUUGCGUCACUUCUUUAACCAAACGGUACCCAAGCAAAUUGAUCGUAGGACUGGCGAUCAGCCGUUAGAAUCGCAACGAACGCGGCCUUUUCAUUAUCUUGCGUUCAAUUUACAAGCCAUCCUUUUUUUGACUGAAUUAGCUUACGAUUAUGGCAUUGAGAUAGGUCCUAUGACCCCCCCUCUAAUCCGCUCAGCAACAUGCCAUAUCAGCAAAUUUGCUGAUGACCCUAAUGUAGAUAUUACAGUAGCUGCUCGUUGUGCUGAGAUCGUUGUAGGCCGUUUGGAAGAUCCUAAUAAUACUUGUCAUAACUUCAUUCAGAGAGCACAUACAUGUAAAUUCUCUGAAAAGCUCAGUGGGCCGAAAAAUGCUCUGAGCAUACUAUGGUCUUGAUUUGAAUAAAGUACAUCCUGCUCUUUUAACUAUUAUGUGCUUCACAGAAUUAAGAUUCGCAAGUGUUAAGGAGAGGUUUAUUCUAGAAACAUCAUAAUAGGCGGAAAGUAUCAAGAAAGCAAAUUUAAGCAGUAAUAUAUUUUACUUAACAAAAAAAAAAAAAC